AUGUCUCCUUGCCAUCCCCGGGCUGGCUUGGGUCAUGCUUCGCCUCAGACUGUGGAGAGCCACGGCCGCCUUAAUAAACUCUCUUCGCAUGAUGGACCGGAUGGGGAAGAGGAGGCGGAGGAGGAGGUGAGACGGUCAGGCUCGAUGGCUCUCCACGCGCCUACAGAGUCGGUCGACGUCGACAAAUCACAAGGCAAUAUCGGCGGAAGCCUUGCAGGUCGUGAUGCUGGAUGGCUUCGCAGAAGAAAAUGCGUCUGGGAUCGCACCUCCUUACUAGCCUUCGUGCGUAAAUAG